AUGGCGGAAUUAGUUCUCUACUUUUCAGCUCUUUUCUUCUGUGUCUUCACAACCCUUAUACUGAGAAAACUAGGAAAGAAAGCUGAUGACACACCCACACCCUCUAACAUGCCCCAUGGGCCUAGAAAGCUACCUAUCAUAGGUAAUAUUCACAACCUUCUAUCCUCUCAGCCCCAUAGAAAAUUAAGAGACCUGGCCUUAAAAUAUGGACCCUUGAUGCAUCUUCAACUUGGAGAGGUUUCUACCAUUGUCAUUUCAUCCCCUGAGUGUGCUAAGGAAGUGAUGAAAACCCAUGACAUUAACUUUGCCACAAGGCCUAAAGUCCUAGCUGUUGAUGUACUGAGUUACAACAACACAGGCAUAGCUUUUGCUCCUUAUGCAAAUUAUUGGAGGCAGGUAAGAAAAAUUUGCAUGUUGGAGCUUUUAAGCCUGAAACGUGUCAACUCAUACCAGUCAAUCAGAGAAGAGGAGUUGUUCAAUCUUGUCAAAUGGAUUGACUCGUUGAAAGGAUCCCCCAUUAACCUCAGUCAAGCUGUACUUUCAUCAAUUUUUACUAUUGUUUCAAGGUCUGCUUUUGGCAAUAGAUGCAAAGACCAUGAAAACUUUAUUUCAUUGAUUAAAAGAAUGAUGAAAGUUGUAGCAGGUUUUGACAUUGUAGAUUUCUUUCCUUCUGCUACAUGGCUGCAACAUGUCACGAGACACAGGCUUGAGAGGUUGCAUCAACAAGCGGAUGAGAUAAUAGAAAGCAUCAUCGAUGACCAUAAAGAGGCCAAAGAUUACCAAAGGGAAGAGCAAGAUCUUGUUGAUGUUCUGAUGCAGUACGAGGAUGGCAGCCAACAGGAUUUUUGUUUAACCAGGAACAACAUCAAGGCAAUAAUUCUGGACAUUUUUGGUGCUGGAGGUGAGACAUCAGCAACAACCAUAGAUUGGGCCAUGGCUGAAAUGAUGAAGAAUUCAAGAGUGAUGAUAAAAGCACAAGCUGAGGUCAGAGAGGUAUUCAACAUGAGAGGAAAGGUUGAUGAAAGCUGCAUCAAUGAACUCAAGUAUUUGAAACUAGUUGUCAAAGAGACCUUGAGAUUACACCCUCCACUUCCUCUUUUGCUUCCAAGGGAAUGUGGUGAAGCAUGUGAGAUACAUGGUUAUCACAUACCUGCCAAUAGCAAGGUCAUAAUCAAUGCUUGGUCAAUUGGAAGAGAUCCAAAUUAUUGGACUGAAUCAGAGAGAUUUUAUCCUGAGAGAUUCAUUGACAACAACAUUGACUACAAAGGGAGUAAUUUUGAGUAUAUUCCUUUUGGAUCUGGAAGAAGGAUAUGCCCUGGAAGCACAUUUGCAUCCAGAGUUGUGGAACUGACCCUUGCAAUGUUGCUGUAUCACUUUGAUUGGAAGCUUCCAAGUGGAAUGAUAAGUGAAGAUUUGAUCAUGAUCGAGCAAUUUGGAGUGACAGUCCGAAGAAAGCAUGAUCUGUUCUUGGUUCCUGUUCCUUAUCUUCCUCUAUCCGUCUCAUGA